UUCCGCGCACGUGACCCGCCGCGCGUCGCGCUCUGACGAGUCGCGGAGCCGCUGCCCGGCCGCUGUGGUUCGGCUGCGCCUGUGGCUGCGCCUGCGGCUGCUGAGCGGCGGGGCGCGGGGCGGGGCGGGGCGGACCCCGGCGCCGGCCGCGAUGGAGCCGCUGGCGCCCAUGCGGCUGUACACGCUCUCCAAGCGCCACUUCGUGCUCGUGUUCAUCGUCUUCUUCGUCUGCUUCGGCCUGACCGUCUUCGUCGGGAUCAAAGGACCCAGAGCGAUCCAGACUUCUGAAGCUAAUUUUUCACUAAAUAAUAGCAAAAAGUUGAAGCCAAUUCUCAUACGUUCGAAUCCGCUGUCCACAUACAAUCAGCAGCUGUGGCUGACGUGUGUUGUUGAGUUGAAUCAAUCAAAAGAAAUGUCUAUGCAGACGAGCUUUCUCAUGACCGUUAAAGUGGAUGGUGUAGCUCUCGAUGGAACCACCAUGUUCAUUCAUAACAAAGUUCACAAUCGCACAAGGACCCUCACGUGUGCAGAGAAGUGUGCGGAGAUCAUCGUCGCCCACCUCAGCUACCUGAACUACACGCAGUACACAGUGACGGUGGGAUUCGAACACCUCAGACUGCCCCUCAAGGACGUGAACUUCACAUGGAAGACUUACGACCCCGCCUUUUCCAAGAUGGAAAUUUGGUUCCGGUUCGUCUUUGUGGUGCUUACCUUCAUUGUCACUUGCCUGUUCGCGCAUUCCCUCCGCAAGUUCUCCAUGCGGGACUGGGGCAUGGAGCACAAGUGGAUGUCCAUCCUCCUGCCGCUGCUGCUGCUCUACAACGACCCCUUCUUCCCCCUCGCCUUCCUGGUGAACAGCUGGGCGCUGGGCACGCUGGACGACCUCUUCCAGUCGCUGUUCCUGUGCGCCCUGCUGCUCUUCUGGCUGUGCGUGUACCAUGGCGUCCGCGUGCAGGGAGAAAGAAAGUGUUUGACCUUCUAUUUGCCUAAAUUCUGCAUUGUCGGACUCCUGUGGUUGGCUUCGGUCACACUAGGAAUAUGGCAGACAGUUAAUGAGUUGCACGAUCCGAUGUACCAGUAUCGCGUUGACACAGGAAAUUUUCAGGGCAUGAAGGUUUUCUUCGUGGUGGUGGCCGCCGUGUACGUCCUGUACCUUUUGUUCCUGGUCGUGCGGGCCUGCUCGGAGCUGCGACACAUGCCGUACGUAGAUCUCAGGUUAAAGUUCUUGACUGCGUUGACCUUUGUAGUGCUUGUCAUUAGCAUCGUCAUCCUUUACUUACGGUUCGGAGCACAAGUAUUACAAGACAAUUUUGUAGCUGAGCUGUCUACUCACUACCAGAAUUCAGCCGAGUUCCUAUCUUUCUACGGCCUGUUGAACUUUUACCUCUACACGCUGGCCUUCGUGUACUCGCCAUCGAAGACCGCCCUGUACGAGUCCCAGCUGAAAGACAACCCUGCCUUCUCCAUGCUCAACGACUCCGACGACGACGUCAUCUACGGGAGCGACUAUGAAGAGAUGCCCCUGCAGAACGGCCAGGCCAUUCGGGCGCAGUACAAGGAGGAGUCCGAGAGCGACUGAGCGCCUGGGUGGCAGGCGUGGGGGCGCCCUGCGGUGCCAGCGCCUCCGCUCCUGCCUGUGCACGGCUGGUCUUCUAAGCAGAGCUUUCUGGGUCCCUGUUUGUUUACACAUUUUUAGAGGAAAACCUAAACUGAGGAAAAUUUUAUCGUUGGGCCAAAUUUAUUGUUAGAGUGGCUGCAUUGGGAAGAAAGGCGCUGACGCAGCCCAGUCCUCUGCCAGAGGCUUCAGGUGAGCGAGAGCUCGUCCUCCGUGGAAGGAAGGAGCGACGCCUGUCUUUGUGAGAAUUAUGUACUUAUUUUAAGAUGAUUUACUGAGUCCACGUUCGUGGGGAGCCCUCUGGAGGCCUCCGCCUGGCAGCGCUCCCCCCCCCCCCCCCCCCCCGCGGUGCGC